UCGUUCACUUUCUAAAACUUGUCUCUUUCCUCAUGACUGCCACUGCUCUCCGUCUCUCCCUCCCUCCAUCUCCUUCUAAACCCCUCAUUCCCGGCGCGUGUUCUCACCGCCAACCUCUCCACCUCACCUUCCCAACCCUCCACACCUCCCCCCACACUCCCUUCCUCCGCUCCUCCCACCACCGCCACCCUUCUCCGAUCGCCAUGUCCUCUAUUUCCCCCCGAUCAUCCUUCCCGGAGACUCAAACACAACCGAUCGAGCUCAACGACGAGUCCGAGUUCGAAACCAUCGUCUCGCGCGACGGUUACAUCUCCAUCUGCGGCUUCGGCUCUCUCCUCUCCGUGAGAAGCGCGAGGAGUACAUUUCCGGAGCUGAUCAACUUCAGAGUGGCGCGGUUGAACGGAUUCAAGCGAGUCUUCGGUCACAUGGCUCCAAUUUUCUUCGAGCGUGGCAUUGCCAAGCCUGAAACCAAGGAGAUUUCGAGUUUGAGUGUGGAGCCUUGUGAAGGCGAAAGCCUUAUAGUGACGGUGUUUGAGAUUCAAAAAUCGGAGAUUCCGGCUUUUAUCAAGAGGGAGCCUGAGUUUCGAUUCCUAGCUGUUGUGCCUGAAACCCUUGAUGGGAAUCCAUUUGAUAGACGAGCGGUGCUUUGUGCUCAUUAUAGUGAUGAAGAAUUUUUCAGAGUCAGAUGCAAGGGAAGUAAGGAAAUGUAUUAUGAGCUAUUUGGCCGAUAUAACAUUGAUAAGAUUUGGAGGGAUGAUAUCUUACCUUGCCGAACUUACCUUCGUCACUGUGUGUUAGCAGCAAAAAAUCUUAACGAUAUAGCAUACAACAACUUCUUGGAUCACACUUUCCUUGGAGACCGUAAAACAACCAUUCGAGAGUACUUGGCUACAACUGGUUCGGGAAUUAUGGAAGAAGAGCCUCCGGAAUCCCUCAAGAUCCGUUAUGGUGGUUAACAUAGAUAGUUAGCACCAAGUAUUGCAAACACCUCAUUAGUUAGUUUAUAUAUCCUUUGUGACAUUAGUUAUUUCAUGUUUUUUUCUUUGUAACAUAGAAGCUAUACGUUAUGUUUAGUUUGCAAUGUUUAUGGUUAACCUUCC